GGAAGUAUAGUUGGGAAAAUAGUCUUCAUUAAGAGAGAUUGGGAAGGUUUAUAACUAGGUCGAAAGAAGGUUACGGAGAGAUUUUAUUACUCGUCUUUGCUCCUCCUGCCUGGUUAAGGUUCUUAAUUAUUAGGUCAAGGUCGCGUUUGGCGUGAUAUAGGCGAGGGUGUUGGGUUUUUUUGCCUCUCAUUCUUCUCGGUAGGAUUCUUGGCUUAGGGGAGUUGUAAUGUUGCGUCCGGAAGUGCACAGGAUUUGCAGUGUCUCGGCAUAUCACCUUUGGCAGCCUGCCAUGAUGGUGAAUGUGCAGGACAUCUGUGAAAACAUGAGGCUGGCCAGAGAGAUGGCCCUUACCAGCCAGUAUGAGACAGCUGCUGUUUACUAUCAGGGCGUUGUACAGCAAAUCCAUAGACUGCUUGCAACCAUACAAGAGCCCAACCGGAAGAUAAAGUGGCAGCAGGUUCAGCAGCAGGUUGCAGCAGAAUAUGAAAACCUGAAAGAACUCAUGAAUUCUAUAUCCCUCUUCAAGUCAGAUAAUCCCUCAGCCAUUGCAGACAGACCUUUAGGGACAUCAUUACGCAUGUCAUCAUUUGAAGAACCCACAAGAGACCCAGACGUAUGGGGUCCCCCCCCUCCCCGUGAUCCAGAUGUAUGGCCUCCACCAACUCCUGCUGAUCACAAGUCCUCACCUCAAGUGAAGCCCACUAGAGGGCCAAAGAAGCAGGACUCCAGCAAGAACACAGGUCCUACUAGGGGCACCAAGGCCAGCCAAAAGAAAGGAGCGGACGCAAAGGGCCGAGGCCGAGAUGACAAAUCCUCAGACCGCAAGACCAAGAAAGAUGCCGAUAAGAAGGAGGAAAAGCAGGGUGGAGGAGGAAAAGAAGAAAACCGAGCUGCGAAUGAAGAGGAUGAUGAGAAGAAAUUCGACCCCAGUGGCUACGAUCGCGACCUGGUGGAUAUGAUCGAGCGAGACAUUGUGCAGAAGAACCCAAGUAUCCGAUGGAAUGACAUCGCUGACCUGCAUGAGGCCAAGAGACUGCUUGAGGAAGCUGUUGUCCUGCCCAUGCUCAUGCCCGAUUUCUUUAAGGGCAUCCGACGGCCUUGGAAGGGUGUGCUGAUGGUGGGACCACCAGGCACAGGCAAGACUAUGCUAGCUAAGGCAGUUGCUACUGAAUGUGGCACAACAUUCUUUAACGUCUCUUCUUCAACUCUUACGUCUAAGUAUCGUGGAGAAUCAGAGAAGCUGGUGAGACUUCUGUUUGAAAUGGCCAGAUUUUAUGCUCCAAGUACCAUCUUCAUUGAUGAAAUAGACUCCCUUUGCUCCCGGAGAGGCUCAGAGUCAGAGCACGAAGCUUCAAGACGUGUCAAGUCAGAGCUGCUCAUGCAAAUGGAUGGAAUUCAGUCCUCAGAUUCCGAUGAGCCUAAGGUGGUGAUGGUCCUUGCAGCGACCAACUUCCCUUGGGAUAUUGACGAGGCCUUGAGGAGACGUCUGGAGAAGAGAAUUUAUAUACCUUUACCCAAUGCUGAAGGUAGAGAAGCUCUUUUGUCAAUCAACUUGCGUGAAGUGAAAACCGAUGGAGAUGUUAAUCUUGGUGAAAUUGCAAAUAUGUUGGAUGGCUACUCAGGAGCAGAUAUUACGAAUGUGUGCAGGGAUGCAUCUAUGAUGUCUAUGCGUCGUAAAAUAGCAGGAUUAAAACCAGAUGAAAUCCGUGCCAUUUCCAAAGAAGAACUAGAUCUGCCUGUCACUCAACAGGACUUCCAUGAUGCAAUUAUGAAAUGCAAUAAGUCUGUAUCCCAGGAUGACCUUGAAAAGUACGAGAUGUGGAUGAGGGAAUUUGGGUCUUCCUGAGGAUGUUCACAAUACAAUAGGAAAGUGGAAAGUCUAUUACGAUGAGAUGUGCACACUUCCUAGGAGUAAAUGUGCAAGGAGAUAUAUUGUGUGCUGCAGCAAAACAAUGCACUGUAAGGUUCUGCUUCAAAACAUAAUCUAAUUGCUACAACUAAUAAAGCAGAAGUCACAAGGUCAAAUAAUUCAUGCUGAUACUAUAGGCUGUCUACUAUUUCACUGAAAUAAUUCUUUAUGGUUUGCAUAGUUUUUUUGACAGAGCUCUCUAUAUCUUUCUUGGGAGGCUUAAAUAAGAAUAUUCAAAUACAGGUAAUGAUAAUAUACUAUAUGAUAAUAUAUACAGUGCACAAUACUUACACUAAAAAUGGUGCUGAAAUUACUUAUUUUUUAGGUAAAUUCCUUUCUAGUUCUGUUGUUGUUAACUGUUGACUACUUUUACAAUUUGCAACAUGAAAUCUAGCAUGAAGAUAUUGAUUCAUUAACUGCAUGAAAAUCAGUCCAUCACAUAUAUAUUUUUAACUAAAGAUGUCCUAGAGGAAGGAUCUAUUACUAUUAUAUUAAUGGUUAUAACUCAUGUCAGUCCAUACAUUAAAUCAGUGGAAACAGAUGGUGGAAAGUGCAAGUGUCGUUGCCUAUCUCUCUCAAGUUGCCUUUUAUGUAUAUAUUUAUGUUUAUCAAGUAAUGCAUUAGCCUGUUUUUGAUACUGUUAUUCAUAUGAAAAUGGGUAAUUCAUAGUAUCAGUAAACAAGGUAUAGGUUUAUGUGUGUAUAUAUAUAUAUAUAUAUAUAUA